AUGUGGUCAUUGUAUUGCACAGUAAUAUUCAGUGUUGUUUUCGUCACUGGCAAUCGAUUGUCUGCACCUUACGAUGUUCGAAUCGAUUAUUAUAAAGCUGAAACAACGAAAGAUUUAGUCAUUAACACAGGUCGACCACGUUUUUCUUGGAAAUUGCCUCUAACCAGCCAACGCAAUGUUCGACAGAUUGCCUAUCAACUGCAAAUCCUGUCGCAGAAUGCACUUCUCUGGGACAGUGGUCAUGUCACUUCAAGUCAAUCGAUUCAUGUUCCUUAUCCAUACGGAAAGGAUCUUGAAGAAUUGACUCAUUAUCAAGUUCGUCUUCGUCUUUGGACCAGUGCAUCAGAAGCAGCAACAUCAUGGACAUCGUCGAUUCCAUUUCGAACAUCGAUAUACAAUUUUCAUCAAUACUUAAUGGAUCAUAAUGAUGAAGUCUAUUGGAUUGGUUCAACUCAAAUCUACAUGAAUGAAUUACGAAAAGAAUUCAGUGUUCCAGAUACAAGUCCAAUUCGAUCGGCCACUGUCUUCAUUUCGGGUAUUGGUUAUUAUGAAAUGUAUUUGAAUGGUGAUAACAUUGAUCCUAGUCGAAAAUUGGAUCCUGGAUGGACCACUUAUCAAAAACGAACACUCUUCGUUUCUUACGAUGUGACCUCCAAGAUCAAAGUCGGUAUGAAUGCUGUCGGUGUGAAAUUAGGCAAUGGUUGGUACAGUCAAGAACAAUAUUUGCUACCGUCAAUACCUGAACCUAAUUAUGGUCCACCACGUCUGAUGUUUGCCUUACAUAUUAUCUUCGAAAACUCUGAUCAAAUGAACGUUUAUAGUGAUCAAACGUGGAAAGGUCGACAAGGAUCGAUUAUUCAUGAUAGUGUUUACAAUGGUGAAAUUGUUAAUGCUCGUUAUGAUCGUCCUAAUUGGACACAAGUUGGAUUCAAUGAUUCAUUAUCUCUUUGGAUUACACCAGAAAUCCUUCCAUCGCCGGUGAAUAUCAACGCCAAUGGACAACUGACUCUUCAAGACAUGCCACCGAUUCGAGCGGGAUCCGAUGCUCUGCAUUUCGAAGUGGAACAUGGUGUUGAUGAGAAGAAAAGCUAUUUAUCGAACGAAGAAAUCGGAAACAUUCUUGGUGCCUCGUUGAAAGACAGAGGAGUCUUGCAACCGAUCAGUGUCUCAACACCUGUCCUCGGUGUUCAUACGUUCGAUAUGGGACAAAAUAUGGUCGGUUGGUGUCGAUUCAAAUUCCGUGGUCCACGUGGCAUCGGUAUUUACAUUCACCAUGCCGAAGUUUUGUCGCAACCGGUCAUUUCCACAGGUCAUUCCUAUGGUGGACUUUAUACGGACAAUCUUCGUGGAGCAACUCAAAGUGAUACCUAUAUUCUUCGUGGUGAUCCCAACGGUGAAAUUUAUGAACCACGAUUUACGGUUCACGGUUUCCGUUACUUAACGGUUUUUGGUUCACCCACUCCAUUAUCGGUUAAUGAUGUCGAAUGUCCCGUUGUUCAUAGUGAAACCACGGUCAAAGGACAUUUCUCUUCCAGUAAUCCUGUGAUCAAUCAAAUUCAACACAACAUCUUAUGGGGUCAAUUGAGUAACUCAAUGUCUUUACCCACCGACUGUCCACAACGUGAUGAACGUAAAGGAUGGAUGGGUGAUGCUGCUCUGUCAAUCAAUGAAGCUCUGUACAACUUUGAUUUGAUUAAAUUCUACUUAAACUUUCUCACUUUGAUUAUGGACAUCCAAUUGAAAGCUGGUUUCGUUCCCGAUACUGUUCCACUGACAUUUGGUAUUUAUCCAGCUGAUCCUAAUUGGGGCACAGCUUUACCAACCAUUACUUGGCAAUUGUAUCGUCAUUACAAUGAUAUUCAGAUUCUUCGAGAUCAUUACGCGUCGAUUCGUGCUUAUGUCGAAUCUGUUCGCGAUGGUUAUCGAAUAACAGGUUUAGCUAAACUGAUAUAUCAUUACGGUGAUUGGGUUCCACCACCACCACAACCGAAGACCGAGGGUCAUCUCGUUGCUUCAUUCGCGUUUCUUCAUGAUGUUUCAUUAUUGAUCAAUAUGUCACAAAUCCUUGGUUACAGCCAUGAUACUCAAGCGUACACAGCUUUCUAUCAACGAUUAGCAGAAGAAUUUCAUCGAGUCUUUUUCAAGGCUUCCACUGGUUACUAUACUGACGGAAUGCAAGCGGCACAGGUUCUUGCAUUGGCUUUACCAAAUGUGGUUCCAGCAAAUGUUCGCGAUGGUGUUCUUCAACAUUUAGUUCAAGAUAUCCGAGCUAAAGGAAAUCAUGUCUCGACAGGUAUUGUCUCCACAGCUCAACUGUAUCCAUUACUAUCGGAUAAUGGUCAUCACGAUCUUGCUAUGGAAUUGAUUACAUCGACCACUUACCCAUCGUAUGGUUUCAUGUUUAACAAUCCGUAUGAAAAUGCCACAACCAUCUGGGAAUUAUGGAAUGCACCAUUCGAAGGUCCGAGCAUGAACUCUCGUAAUCAUCAUAUGUUUGCUAGUGUCGGUGCUUGGUUCUAUUCGCAUUUAGCCGGUAUCGAUCUUCAAUCGGACUUGAUUGUUAUUCGUCCACGAAUGGUCUCUGAAGAAAAGAAACAUCUACUAAGUAAAAUUGAUUGUCAAUUGAGUACAUUGUAUGGCUUAGUCCAUGUUUCUUAUACUCGUGAGGAACAUGAUAUAUUUGCCAACUCCAUUUUACUUCGGAUUACCAUUCCAGCCAACGCUCAAGCGAAAAUAGUUUUUGAACCAUUAUUUUCCGGUGCCAAAUGUGUGACUAUUAUCGAAGGUUAUAAAGUGAUUUGGUCCAUUGCUGACAAACGAAACAAUGUCAUCGAAGAUCCUCAAACUAGUCUAAUGACUGUUCAUAUCGGUUCUGGUUCCUACGAAUAUCAAGUCUUUUGGGAAUAA